GUUUUGGAUGUCAACACGAUGUAUACGCGCGCGGUGUCGAUGCUGCGAUUCUCGAAUUCAGAUGUCGUAUCCGUUUGAAAGGCGGGUGAAUCAAACGUAACAAUCGUGUGGAUAAAUAAGCCAAUACUCGCUAUACCUAAGAAAGUAGACUGAAGGAGUCGUGAAUCUAGGAAUAAUCUUAACUUGGCUAUUUUCGAAAUCAAACACUAAAGAAAGGAGCAUGCAGGAUCUUACUCGGGAAGAGGCCAUCGCCUUCAAUGAGCACAACAACAACAGCUCCAACAACAACACGACAACAACAAGUACCAACAACAAUAAAGUGCAAAUGUGUUCAACAAUUUUGAUGCCAAAAUUCCACAAUCAAGACCAGCAACUGUCACAUGGUCUGUCUUCCACGUUGCUGCGGUGCAUCAAGUUGGAGGCGGAUAACGAACACCACCUGGAGAAGGAGACAGAGAGGGAAAGGGAGAGCGACCGCUGGCAGACAGCGGGAGUGAAUGAACGCCUGCGUCUGGAGUUGAACACUACGAAGUUGCUGCUGCUGCAAGGCUCCGAUGAUCCAUUAAUCUCACACGGAGCCAGCAAUGACACCCACGAUGAGGACCAGGAUCAUCCCUUCAGGACAUUGAUGGCCCGCAAGACUGAGCAACAGCAAUCCGUGCACAAUGGAGCAUGCAGCACGCUAACCAAGCAGCAGCUGAAGGCCAAUCUGAUGAAUGGCCGCAAAAUCAAGAAACAGCCGGUGGAGGAGCCAACUGUGGUUCCGGCACAACGGACAUCGCAGCACCGCCAGCCCAAAUCAAAGAAGCGAACAACCUCAACAGGUGCGAUCAAGCUACGAUUCCACCAUCAAGCUCUGCCGGCAGAGUAUGCUGCUCACUACGAGGCAACGCAGGGUCGCCAGUUGUCCAGUCAGCUGGCAAAACCGGCUCCACCAGUGCCCCCAGUCAAAGCCACUCCUCCGCCUCCUUCCCCGUCUCAAAAUCAUUCACACGAGAACGUGCGCAGCUGGCUGAGAAAGAUAGCCGAGAUUCAGCGCAAUGCAGAGCGGCAGCAGCAGGCACAGGCACAGGGAUCCUCCAAAGAGUCCAAGCCGAACCGAUCAGCAACUGUGGCUACGGCACCGCCAACAAUGACAGUACUGGAACCGAUGGCAGAGGUGCCAAAUCCCAAACGGAGCACUAUUAAAUAUGCCGACCUGCCUUACAUGGGUGAAAUCACCUUGGACAACUACAAGCCACGACGAGGACGCAAGCCAAAGAAGGCGGACAUCUGUCAUCUGAUCUACAAGAACUAUGGCACUAUUAUACCUCCAACUGGAACUGGAACAACGACUCCAACUGCGGCACAACAAUUCCCAGCUGCCGAGUCGAAGCAUUCUCCUGCUGCCCAGUCUGUACCUGGUGGAUCUGUUCAGCGAAGUGCCAGAAGAUUGGCCAACGUGGCAGAGGAGCCACUGAAUCUCUGCAUGCGGGAUCAGUCCACUGACCGCUAUUCAAUCUCAAGUGGCGACAGUGACAAGCCAUCGACUGGGACAACCACUGAAUGUAACAGUCCCUUUCCCCGAUCGACGCCACUGACGGAUGACCACAUGCCCAUCACCUCAAUUCCUGGAGAGGAGAAGCCCAGGAUCGCCGCCAAGUUACUGUUAAAGCCAAUGGGACUGUAUUAUCAACAGAUAAUGGAGUCUUGCCGACUGGGUCUGCCUGUCGAGACCAUUGAAAAAGACAACCAGCUAGCUCUUAAGAUACCCAUACCAAAUGGCUUCUUUGCCACCAGCCCCCAAUCCACAGCAACUGUCAAGCGAGAUCAAAUGGAGCAGCCAAUCUGUACCGAGACUGUGACACCACCUGCCAUGAGCAAACGCAAGCGAUCCGCGAUCUUUAUACCACCCAUGCCGGCUGAUCACUCCUCCAGCCCGUCCACGGAGGUCAGCAUUUGCAAGUUUAAGUUUACGGGCGGCGCCAAACCGACGCUGCAGGAGAAAAAGAUGCUGUCAGUGGAUGCGGAGGGAAACUAUCGGUAUUAUAAUGGUACCGGUGAUAGGAGUAUGCGUGGCUACGAGUUCAUCUCAAGGGAUCAGCAACAGCCACAGCAGCAGCAGCAUGGAAUCUCAGUUAGCGGGAGCAGUGAGAAGCUCUACAUAGAUAUACCACCACCCUCGACGGAUCUCAGUCUGGAACUGCUGCACAUACCAUCCGAAUCUCCAACAUCAUCUCUGCUCAUGUCCAGUAGCCUGGUGCCAGUAGCACCGCAAAGUCCGUCCAGUUACUCCAACUCCCAUAGUCCCAUGCAUCUCGCUACUCCGCAUCCAGAGGACUACCACAAAAGGAUAGAGUCCUCCGACCUGCUUUCGAGUCCCACGACCCAAGCGACGACCAAGCGACGCUCCUCACGCCGCUCAAAGCAGCGCGAGAAACUGGAAAAGACAUUCAAGGAGAAGGGAUUCCUGAUACAAACGCAGCAACUUCAAUCGGCGGAGGGCGCUACCUAUUGCAAGUUUAGGCAGUUGAAGAAGUUUACGCGCUAUCUGUUCCGCAACUGGAAGGACCAUAUACCAGAAAGUGACCUGGACAAGCAUUCGGGCAAAGAUAGCGAUGCUCGAGUGCCACACAGCGUCAUUGAGAAUAUGCUGAGUGGACAAAUCGGUUUAGGCUUAGAGAGUUUGGGUGCAAACCAGGCCACCUAGGAGCAUAAUUAAUUAAACAACGAAAGCACUGCCAAAGAUUGAUAGAUUUACGAAUGGAUUGUCAAGGCAAUCAUCUACAAGUAUGUUGAUUCCGUCCAAGCUGGUUGUUCAUCUACCAAGCUCAGCCUCUAGUCGUUCAUCAAUAUUAGUACGGUAAUAAUGUUAUUGUUAAAAACAAAAAUAAACUAAAUGCUUAACAAAACUUAA